UUUCUUUGCCAUUCCUACAUUUCUAUUCUUCUACAACAACAAUUCACAAAUCCUUCUUGCCAUGGCGAAGAAAUCCAAAAAUCCUCUUAAAAAUGAGGAAUCCAACGAUGUUUCCGAAUCCAACGAUGCUUCUACUUCCUCCACCGUUUUCAAGACCUUGUUCGGCGAUGUUCCCGGGCCAGACCCAGCUGCAAAUUCUCUCUUCUCCGACAACAAUCCCUUCCACCGGAAAUUUAUGAAAACACAGCCGCCAAUUGAAGAAUCGAAAUUAGGGCUUGCAGGAAAAGAACCUAUAGACGCUGAGUACGAGGCGAAUUUGGAGGAUUCCGAUUUUUCUGAGGCGAAGAAGCCAAAGAAAAGAAAGAAAGAAAAAGCUGAGGGAGAAAUUUCAGGUAUUGAUGGUGAAGAGGUUGAGGAGAAGAGCAAGAAGUUGAAGAGAGCCAAGCUGAAAGAGGGUGAAAAGAAUGAGAACAGCAAUUUGGUCUCUGAAUCAGGAGAAAUUGUGGAGGAGGAUCAUGGGGGAAAUGGUGAUAAAAAUGAAAAGAAGAAAAGGAAGAGGAAGAGAGAUGAGGUUGAGGCGGAGUAUGAGGCGAAGCGAUACGGUGUAAAUGAUGAGAUUGAUGAGAGUAAGGGCUUGGGUAAUGUGGUGGGAGAGAAGAGGAAGAAAAUGGAAAAUCCAGAGGAUAUGAUGGUGUCAAAGGAAGGUUUUGAUGAUGAAGGUAAGCUGUUAAGGACUAUAUUUGUUGGAAACUUGCCGCUGAAGUUGAAGAAGAAGGAAAUAGCCAAGGAGUUUAGCAAGUUUGGUGAAGUCGAGUCUGUUAGGAUUCGAUCAGUUCCGAUUGUCGAUGGAAAAAUGCCGAGGAAGGGUGCUGUAAUCCUGAAGAAAAUCAAUGAGAAUGGAAACAGUGUCAAUGCUUAUGUUGUUUUUAAAACUGAGGAGUCUGCUCAAGCAUCAUUGGCCCAUAAUAUGGCCGUGGUUGGUGGAAAUCAUAUACGUAUUGACAGGGCAUGCCCACCACGCAAGAAAUUGAAGGGAGAUAAUCCUCUAUUAUACGAAAACAAAAGGACUGUUUUCUUGGGAAAUCUUCCUUUUGAUGUCAAGGAUGAAGAGAUCUAUCAGUUAUUCUCUAAUAUAAAAAAUCUUGAAACAAGCGUUGAAGCUGUACGGGUUGUCAGGGAUCCUGGGUCGAGCUUGGGGAAAGGAAUUGCAUAUGUGUUGUUUAAAACUGUGGAUGCUGCCAAUAUGGCCCUCAAGAAACGUAACUUGUGGAUUCGGAACCGUGAACUUAGGCUCAGUCAUGCUAAACCGGCCGACUCUUCUUCUAAGAGGGUGAACACUUCAGAACCACAGAGCAAUAGUGCUACGAAGUCCAGAAAAAUGGAUGGUGGUUACAAGGAGCUAGCAAAGGCAAACGUCUCUUACCAGGGCUUGCAUGCAAGCAAAUCCGGCGGACAGAAGAAAGUCCGUACGAAAGUAAAUAUCCUCUCUGCCAAAUCAAAGCCUCAACCUGCGAAAGAGAAGGGUUCUGGGAUGAAGAAACGGCCAGCAGUGGCUGCAAGGAAGGAAAAGGCCCUACGGGCUGCUAGUGCUUCAAAAGUAGCUGGAACGAAGCGGAAGCUAGGUAAUCCAAGUCCUCAGAGUGGUGGACAAAGGAAGAAAGCGAGAACGUCCAGGUAGAGAAAUAUUAGAAGACAGGCCAUGAUAUGGAAACAGAAAAAAAAAUAUUAGGCAUACGAAGAUAGAUAGAACUGUGUGUUUACUGUUUACUGGAUACAGUUGUAUAUUACUCCGGCUUUACUGCCGAUUGAACAGUAGAAAUAUCAAAGGAAUACUUGUUUUAGUAGUUA